AUUCCAACACAAUCUCACACAGACCUUACUUGCUUGAGUUGCUUCCAUAGUUCCUUCAGAUUUCUCUAAGCACGAAAGCGCAACCCGAAACUCAUCUAACCAACUUAGCCAUGAAGAGAGGCAGAGAAGAUGAUCAGCAGACCCUGGACUUGGUUAGUUGCUUGAUGCUGCUAUCCAAAGACGUCGGUCAAACUGGUUCAUCCCCAAUCAAAAAACAGAAGACGUCAGAUCGUGCCUUUGCUUGCAAGACGUGUAACCGCGAGUUCUCCUCGUUCCAAGCCCUCGGAGGUCACAGAGCGAGUCACAAUAAACCUAAACUAGUUGCCGGAAAUGGUGCCGCCGACCUCUUGCAGCUAGCACAGUCAUCUCCGAGCUCGCCGGCCAAGCCCAAGUCCCACGAGUGCCCCAUCUGCGGGGUUGAAUUCGCAAUCGGUCAAGCGCUUGGGGGUCACAUGAGGAGACACAGGGACGUCAUGAUUUCUGCUGCUGCUGAUCGGGGUCAGGCGGCAGCCGUGCCGGUGUUGAAGAAAUCGAAUAGUAGCAAAAGGGUGUCGUGCUUGAAUCUGGACUUGAAUUUGGCACCACCGGGCUAUCAACGUCAUUAUGAUUUGACAAAGUUGCAGUUGAUUUCUGGAAACUGAAUAGUAUAGUGUUGUACAUAUUGUAUCCCUGAUCUUUUUCGAGAUUAGGUAAUUAGAUACGAAUUUCUGUUGUCAAAAUUCUAUUACGCGGGUUUUUUUAUCGAUACAGUAGAGAGGAUUGAAUUUAU